AUGGCGCCUCAAAAGUUCAGACAGCCACCACAGGCCCCACCGUUGUUCACGGGAACGCCAGAAUCCGUGGUCAAAGAUACGAAGGAGCUGCUGGCCAAAUCGAAGAAGAUUAUAGACGACGUUGUUGCACAAACUUCGGAGAAGGAUGCAUCAUUUAAGAACGUCUUACUACCUAUGGCGUACGAUGAGAACGACCAGACUCUGUCAGCGCAUGUCCUAGGUUUCUACCAAUCUGUUUCGACAGAUCAGGCACUACGAGAUGCCUCGACUGAAGCUGAGAAGCUCAUGGACGAAUACAGUAUCGAAGCAAGUAUGAGAGAGGACGUGUACAAGUUAGUUGAUUCGGCACUAAAGCGUAAGGAAGAGCUGGACCCCGAGUCGCAACGGCUAUUGGAGAAGGAACACAAGUCUUACAUCAGAAACGGUCUCAAUCUACCAGCCGGACCGAAGAGGGACAGAUUCAAGGAGAUCAAGUUGCGUUUGAGUCAGUUGAGCAUUGAGUUCAGCAAGAAUUUGAAUGAAGAGAAUGGUGGCAUCUGGUUCACGAAAGAGGAGCUGGCUGGCGUGCCCGAGGAUGUACUUGAGACUCUGAAGCAAGAGGACGGGAGGUACUGGUUAACCUUCAAAUAUCCCGAUCUGUUCCCUACACUGAAAUAUGCUACAAACACUGAGACGAGGAGGAAGGUAUUCGUUGCAAACGAGAACAAAGUCAAUCAAAAUGUGCCGUUGUUCAGAGAGGCCAUGCUGCUCAGAGAUGAGAUGGCCAGGUUAUUGGGCUAUCCUACAUAUGCCGAGUUUGUCAUCGAGGACAAGAUGAUGAAGAGUGCCAAGAAGGUCGAUGAUUUCCUGGCUGGCCUGAGAGGACGCUUGGCUGACGGCGGUCUGGACGAGAUCAAAACUUUGAAGGCCCUCAAGAAGAAAGACGUCGAGUCAAGAUCUGAGAAGUUUGAUGAUCGAUACUUCCUAUGGGACCACCGCUAUUAUGACCGACUGAUGCAAGAGCAGGAUUAUCAGCUUGAUCAGAACUUAAUCUCAGAGUGGUUUCCUCUUCAGUCCACCAUCCUGGGCAUGCUCAAGAUCUUCGAAGAGCUCUUUGGCCUUGUUUUUGUGGAAGUAACUGGAAAGGACAGAGACACCAUCUCGCCUACUGGCAAAGGUGAUGAUAUUGUCUGGCAUGAGGAAACUCAAAUCUUCAGUGUGUGGGACGAUGAAGGUGAAGGUGGCGGCUUCGUUGGAUAUCUCUAUCUCGAUCUCUUCCCUCGACAGGGCAAAUAUGGCCAUGCUGCAAACUUCAAUCUGCAACCCGGUUUCAUCACCCAGAAUGGUACGAGGAGAUACCCAGCGACGGCGCUUGUGUGCAAUUUCUCCAAACCAACACCCAAGAAGCCCUCCCUCUUGAAACACGAUGAAGUCACUACAUUAUUCCACGAACUUGGUCACGGUAUCCACGAUCUGGUUUCAAGGACGACGUAUUCGCGUUUCCAUGGCACUAGCACAGUUAGAGACUUUGUUGAAGCGCCUUCUCAAAUGCUGGAGAACUGGUGCUGGACACCAUCACAGCUUAAAGCUCUUAGCAGACACUACUCAACGCUUUCCGAGGAUUACAACAAGGCCUGGCAGAGCUCGAAUUCGACAAACUCAGAUAAGCCAUCAGAAACACUGCCAGACGACCUGAUCGAGAAGCUCUUGAAGACAAAGAACCUGAAUGGCGCACUGUUCAACUUACGGCAAUUACACUUUGGCAUCUUCGACAUGACAGUGCACGAACCCGAGUCUCACAAGGAGGUUGAAGAGCUGAAGAUUUCCGAGCUUUACAAUCAUCUGAGGAAUGACAUCAGCAAGCUCGAUGGUCCUGAGGCAUUAGGAGAAGGAGAUAACUGGGGCAACGGUCAAGCAACCUUCGGCCACCUGAUGGGUGGAUACCAAGCUGGAUACUAUGGCUACCUCUCCUCCCAAGUCUACAGCACAGACAUGUUCUACACAGUCUUCAAGAAAGAUCCAAUGAAUCAGAAAGAAGGCCGCAGGUACAGACAUACUGUACUAGAGAAAGGUGGAAGCCAGGAUGAGAUGCAGACCUUGAUAGAUUUCCUGGGUAGGGAGCCUAACAGCAAGGCAUUCUACAAGGAGUUGGGACUAGACUAG